UCUAGUAAGUGUUCUCCUCUGCCUCUUUCAUAUAUCCCGUGGCCCUUGGACCUUCUACUCUCUUCGUAUCCACAACCUCCUCCUUCAAUCCCACAAACUCCCACAACAUCGCCAACAUGGUCCAAAACAAAGCUCUCAUCUUCGCCAAGGUCCCGUCUGGAUGGCCGGUACCUGGCCAGGACCUCACGAUCGAAAGCACAGAAUUCGAUACCGAGCAAGCACCUCCCCAAGGCGGAUUCACAGCAAAGGUCCACUACGUCUCGUUCGAUCCUUACCAGCGUGGCCGCAUGCGUGCUCCCGAGUCCAAGAGCUACUCUCCACCCUUCGAACUCGGCAAGCCAAUCGACAACUCCGCGAUCCUGUCCGUCAUCAAGAGCGAUAAUGAGAAGUUCAAGGAGGGCAGCUUGGUUCACGCGGGAAGACAUGCGACCGAGGAAUACAGCGUUAUCACAAAAGAGGCAGCAGACUCAGCCAACUACAACCCGCUCAACAACCAAUACAACCUCGACCCAAAGCUCUUUAUCGGUGCAUUGGGAAUGCCCGGUCUGACGGCCUACAGCUCGUUCUACGAGAUCGGCCAACCGAAGAAGGGUGAGACCAUCUUCAUUUCCGCUGCUUCCGGCGCAGUUGGCCAGAUCGUUGGCCAGCUCGCGAAGCACGAGGGAUUGAAGGUCAUUGGCAGUGUUGGGGACGACAAGAAGCUGGACUUCAUCACCAAGCAGCUUGGUUUCGACGGCGGUUUCAACUACAAGACUGAGAAACCAAUGGAUGCUUUGAAGAGACUCGCACCAGAUGGCAUCGACAUUUACUACGAGAACGUCGGUGGAGAGCAACUCGACGCCGCCAUUCAAAACGCCAACAACUUCGCCCGCAUCAUCGCCUGCGGCAUGGUCUCGCAAUACAACCUGAAGCCCGAGGAGGCAUACGGCGUCAAGAGCCUGAUGCAAGUCGUGGCCAAGCGCCUGAAGAUGCAGGGCUUCAUCGUCAUGGACGAGAACAUGGGUCCCAAGUACUGGAAGCAGCACCAGGAGAAUGUGCAGAAGUGGCUGCACGACGGCUCUUUCAAAGCGGAGAUGUCGACGACCGUGGGCAUCGAUAACGCGGCUGAGGGUCUGAUUGGCAUGCUUGCGGGCAAGAACUUUGGCAAGGCUGUCUUGGAGGUUAGCAAGCACUAGGUAUUGAAACCAGGUAGCGGCAUUACCUCGCAUUGAACGAG